GUACAAUAAUAGAGACGAUAGCUGAAUAAUCAUGCCCCCUCCCCCUUAUCAACUCGAAAAAUAAUCACAAAAGAGUAGAGGGCGCCAUAAUCCAAUAUCGAAGUUUUCCAAACACGCAACUCGAUAAAUAAUCAAAUAUUUGAAUUAUCACAUUUGUCGUUUUUUAGAAAAUAUGACAAUCAGUUGUGGCCAUGGAGAAUAAAAAGACUGAAGGUUUCACACCACCUGACGGCGGCUACGGUUGGAUUAUCGUCUUAUCUACCACUCUACUUAACAUAUCGGUAUUACCGCUUGUACAAUGUUUCGGAAUCAUCUUCGAAAAAGAAUUCAAGGCUCUGGGGGUAACAGCUGCCGAGACGUCUUUCAUGUUGCAUUUACACAGCGCCAUCUACUGCAGCUUAGGGCUAAUCGGGAGUCCCCUCUUGAAAAAAUACGAUUUCAGACGGGUUGCCCUUUUCGGUACUUGCCUCAUGUCCGUGGGCAUACUUAUGAGUAGUUUUGCCCGUUCCUACGGCAUUCUAAUUUGCACUUUCUCGAUUUUAGUCGGCAUAGGUCAGGGUAUUAUGCUUCCAGCAACGUACAUUGCCACAAAUACAUAUUUCAAAAAACGGUUGACCCUAGCCGUCUCAUUUUCCGUCACUGGAGCGGGCAUUUCUAAUAUUUUUAUGCCCCAAGUUUGCUACAAACUGGCCAAACAUUUGGAAAGCGCACAAAGUACGGUGCAAAUCCUCGCCGCCAUUUCUCUCGUAGGGAUUGUCUGUUGUUUCUUUUUGAAACCUAUCAAAAAGACUGAAAUUAAAAGUGAUGCCGAAAAGUGUGACAAUAAAAGUCCGAAAGAAGAACUCGAAUUGCUCAGUCCUGAGGAAAAAGUUUACAAAGAAACAACGAGACCUGUCGCAAAUGAAACAGGAAUUUUUAGAAAAAUAUACCAGUUAUUUAAUUUAGAACUACUGAAAGAACGAGCUUACGUCGUCACAAUUAUCGGCAUGUCUAUUUCUUUCGCCACCGAACUUAACAUAAUCGUAAUGAUGUCUUUCAUUUUACCGGAACUGGCCGGUUUUGAUCUUCAAAAUGUCGCUUUAGCGAUGUCGAUACAGGCAAUUGCUGAUAUUAUCGGCCGGUUGUUGAUACCACUCGUUGGCCACUAUUCCAGUAUUUCCCCGAAAAUCAUGUACACGUCCUCCUUGACAAUCUCAACAGUUGGCAGAACUGUCAUGGCCAACUUCCAUUCUUCAAGAUCGGCCAUCUUUUUCUGUGCUACUCUGAUUGGACUCGCCAAAGGGAUCAAGGCUGUUUAUCAAUCUGUGAUAAUCCCUAAACUUGUACCUUUGGAAAAAUUACCGGCCGCUAAUGGCCUUAAUAUGUUACUAACAGGAGUCACAACUCUAGCCUUAGGACCGAUCAUUGGUGCAAUCCACGACUCGACCAAAACCUACGUUUAUACUUUACAUGCGGCGUCUGUGCUAUCAAUGUCUUGUGUAGUUUUAUGGAUUGUUGAUUAUUUUAUUUACGGGCGUAAGGAAAAUGUUACAAGUUGAUUGUUUUGAUUGAAUAAAGACACGUGAUUUUGGAA